AUGGGUAGACAAGUUAUGAAAACAAGAGGAAGACCAAGAAGAGAACCAGUUUACACGCCUCCAUUUUUCCCUCCAGAAUUAUGGUCUGUAGCUGAAAGGUUAUCAUCAGGAUUGUCCAGGACGACAAAUGCGGCAGAAUCCUGGCAUAGAAAAUUAAAUAGAUUAAUAACGCCACAUCCUGGACUACAUAAAUUAAUCAACACCUUACAAUCUACUCAGAACGAAACUGAAGCAGUAAUUGAGAUGCUACUUUAUGGGCGCAGUAAUAAAAAAAUGAAAAUUCAAGUUCAAUCUCACAAUAUACGUUUAAAAGAAGUGCAACAAAGACUCUUAGCUGAUCCAGGAUAUGAUUUACUAGAGUAUUUAAGAGGAAUAGCACAAAAUUUAAAAUUUUAA